UAACACCUCUACGGUAUUUGAUUUUCCCGAUCAUGUUGGGAACUUUCUUUCCGGCGCCAUUUUUCCAACAGCUUGACUUCCCGAAACCAUCAAUCGCAAUGUCCAUUUUGGCAGGGUUGCAUCAAUGUAUUUUCGCCACCGGAACCUGCAUCGGAUUUUUGCUGUACGUUUUCGAUGGAUCCGAUCGAUUCCUGGGCUGGUUGCGCGAUUCUCGACUGUUCCGAAAUGCCUUCUUCCGCGUCUCAGGGCGUAUCAGCUUCAGUUUCUAUCUGAUCCACAUGACCGUCCUAGAGCUGGUGAUUGUCAAUCGACACGAGGCCGAAAGAUUGUCCGGGGAGUGGUUUAUCUCGAUCUUCACCUCGGUUUUGGCGAUAACAUAUGCGGCCGCCUUUUUGGCUUUCGUUUUCGUUGAGAAACCUUGCGACGUGUUGUUCAAACAGCUCUUGACCCCUCAGAGGAGCGCCAUCAACAAAGUCACGGUCCGAAGCGAUGAGCCUGGCGAGGGUUCAACAAGUCAAAAUUUAAACCCAGUCGAAUAAUACUUGUACCUAAUGAGUAAACUUGAUAAAAGAAGCUAGCUGAGAAUGAACAAUGUGACAUAG